AUGACAACAAUUCAUAAUCUAUCAAUUGAUGUUAUUAUUGAAAUUUUUGACUAUUUAAAUGAUAUUGAUAUUUUAUAUAGUUUUUUUAAUAAAAAAAAGAAACGAUUUGAACAAUUAAUCACGCGUUAUACGAGUGAAAUUAAUAUAACAAAAUACUUAUCUUCAUUUAAAGUUUUUUCUUAUUUUUGUUUAAGUAUUCUACCAUUUAUUAGAAAAAAAAUUACAUCGCUAAGUUUAGGUAAUGGAAAUUCUUGUGAUCAGAUUCAACUUUUUAUUUUGUCAAAUCAGGAACUAAAUUUAAAAAAUAAAUUUAUUCAAUUAAAAUAUUUACAAUUAUAUUUUGAUGAUGAAAAUGAUAUUUUACCAUUUAUUUGUUUAUUUUCAAAUUUAUUUGAAUUAAAAUUGAUUAAAAAUAUUGAAAAGAAAUUACUGUUUGAAUUAACAUCAUUAACAAUAUUAAACGCAGUUUUCAAUGAAAAUAAUUUAUACUUGAAUAAAUGUUCAAUCGAAAAAAUUUCAAUUUCAAGUUUUGUCAAUCAACAUUCAGGAAAAUGUUUCAUAAGAAAUUUAAAUAUUACCAUAGAAUGGUGUUCUAUGUUAUUUCAAUUAAUUGAGUUUAUACCAGUUAUUGAAAUAUUACAAAUUAAAAUAAAUUUGUUUGAUAAGAAUAGUUGUCAACAACAACAGGAACCGUUAAUAUCAACAACAAACAACCAAGAUGACCCAAUAGCUUAUUACAAAUAA